UCUCUCUAAAAUCUUCUUCUCUUCUUUGCAACCUUAUCUGUAAAGAGGCAAAACCAGAAGCAGAGCAAAAUCACCAUGACUGCCUCCACAGCUACCCUCGCUCUUCCUUCUCUUUCGCCCAAAACCCUAGCCCUCUACACCCCCAAAGCCGCCUCAAUCUCGCUCUACUCCGCCCUAGCGCUCGGCUGUAAACCCAUUUCAAUUUCGGCCUCGUUUCUCAACUCCGGGAAGGGGUUUCAAAGCGUUUCGUCUCGGUUCGUCCGAAACGUCGCCGUCUCAUCCGAGUUCGAGCAGGAUGAGGAGGUCCUCAGCGACGACGGAGAGGCCUCCCCUGAACCCAAACUCUUCGUGGGUAACCUUCCCUUCAGCGUCGAUAGCGCUCAGCUCGCUGGAAUCUUCGAAAGCGCUGGAAAUGUCGAGAUGGUCGAGGUGAUAUAUGACAAGACGACCGGAAGAAGCAGAGGAUUUGGAUUUGUGACUAUGUCCAAUGUUCAAGAAGCUGAAUCUGCUGCUCGCCAGCUAAAUGGCUAUGAACUUGACGGCAGGGCAUUGAGGGUAAACUAUGGACCUCCUCCCCCUCGGACUGAGGAUUCCUCUUUCAGAGGUGCCAGAGGUCCCAGAGGUGGUGGUGGUUAUGACUCUAACAACCGCCUUUACGUGGGUAACCUUGCAUGGGGUGUUGACAAUUUGGCUCUUGAGAACUUGUUUAGUGAGCAAGGAAAGGUUUUGGAAGCCAAGGUAGUUUUUGACAGGGACAGUGGCAGAUCGAGGGGUUUCGGUUUUGUAACUUAUGAUACUGCUGAUGAAAUGAACAGUGCCAUUGAAUCAUUGGAUGGAGUUGACUUAAAUGGAAGAUCUAUCCGAGUGUCUGCGGCAGAACCUAGGCCGAGGCGUCAGUUUUAAAUGUAAACUUUGCAGAGUCAUUGGCCAUCAGAAUACUUGAUUUUUAGGAGCGGUUAGUGACAAGAUCAUGCUGCCUUGCGCCAUGGUUGGCUUUGUGAGCGGUAGUGGUGGUUUUUUUACAUCUGCCUGUAGAUGGACAAGAGCAGAGAAGACUGUUUUGAGAGUUGUAAGAUUUAUAUUCCGAGUGACUUGGCCCAGUUAAAGAACUGAUUGUGAUCAACUUGUUUUGACAGUUUAUAGAUUUGGUACAUCAAAAUCAUUACUGCAUA